GAAACCCGAGCAGAGCGGAAGUUGUCAGUUAGCAUCCCGUCCCUAGGUCUAGUGAGUGUGUGUGUGUGUGUCCGUGUGAGUGUGUGUGUCCCGCUCACAACAUGUUACCUUCAUCGGUUAAAGACGACGAGUACAAACCUGCCAAGUUCAGCCUGCUGCCGAAGCUCUCGGGCUGGUUCAGGUCGAUCCUCGCGGAUAAAACGUCUCGGAAUCUGUUCUUCUUCCUCUGCCUCAACCUCUCCUUCGCCUUCGUGGAGCUUUCAUACGGAAUAUGGAGCAACAGUUUAGGGUUAAUCUCGGACUCCUUCCACAUGUUCUUUGACUGCACGGCUCUACUAGCUGGUCUGGCAGCCUCCGUCAUCUCCAGGUGGAGAUCCAAUGACAGCUUCUCCUAUGGUUAUGUCAGAGCAGAAGUUCUGGCUGGCUUCGUAAACGGACUCUUCCUCAUCUUCACAGCCUUCUUCAUCUUCUCUGAAGGAGUUGAGAGAGCUCUGGAGCCUCCUGACGUUCACCAUGACCGGCUGCUUCCGGUCUCGAUCGCCGGUCUGCUCGUCAACCUGGUCGGGAUCUUUGUUUUCCAACAUGGAGGCCACGGACAUUCACAUGGAGAAGAAGAUCACGGUCACAGCCACUCUCUGUUUAACGGCAGUGUGAAUCACGGACACGGAGGACACGAGUACCAGAACAAACACGGACACAGUCACGAUGGACACGAUGGACACGGACACAGUCACGAUGGACACGAUGGACACGGACACAGUCACGAUGGACACGGACACAGUCACGACGAUGGACACGGACACAGUCACGAUGGACACGGACACAGUCACGAUCAACCACACUGUCUUGACGAGCUGCGCACUCCGGGGAAAGGAUCCAGUAAACAGAUCCUGCAGGGCGUCCUGCUGCACAUCAUCGCUGACACUCUGGGAAGUGUCGGCGUGAUCAUCUCCGCUCUCCUGAUGCAGAGAUACGACCUGAUGAUCGCAGACCCCAUCUGCUCCAUGCUGAUCGCCCUCCUCAUCGGAGUCAGCGUGGUGCCAUUACUCAGAGAGUCCAUCGGGAUCCUGAUGCAGCGAACGCCUCCUUCACUGGAACACGCCCUGCCGGAAUGUUACCAGAGGGUUCAGCAGCUGCAGGGCGUUUAUAACCUGCAGGAUCCUCAUUUCUGGACUCUGUGUACGGACGUUUACAUCGGAACCUUAAAGCUGCUGGUGGCCCCCGACGCCGACCGCCGCUGGAUCCUCAGCCAGACCCACAACGUCUUCACACUGGCUGGAGUUCGACAGCUCUACGUUCAGAUCGACACGGCCGCCAUGUAGCAGCUCCUCCUCUGAACAGCUGGGACCAAUCGGGUUUAGUCUGAUGCAGGUGACACCCCCCCCCCCAGCCCCCCUCCAGAGUCACUGCAGGACAAUGAGACCAGCGGGGGCGGGGCAGUGAGGACUAGACACGCCCUCCCCCCCUUUUGGAAAAUAUAUUAUCCCUGUUGACGGGCAUAGUGACCCCCCCCCUCCCACUGCUGCACUUUGUAGACUGGAGCAAAGCAUUCUGGGUAAGUGCCUUCAUCAUGACUCAGACCCCCCCCCCCUCCCCUCCCCCCGGGACCAGACUCUGAUGUCACUGGGUUUUUUUUAAGGUGCCAUGUGACCAGUCAGCAGGUUUCAGUCUUUUUUCAACUGUAAUAAAAUCUGUUUCUCUG